AUGGGGGCCAGAGCGGAUCAUAUCCGAAAUCCGCAGAAUGAAGAUCAACCAGUGCGGAAAGGCAAAGAUGGACAGGAGAACGGAUUGGUGGCCGAGCUUCCCGCCUCGGUGGGGGAACGGCUCUGCCGCUUCCUCUGGUCCGAGCCGGAGGAGGAUAUCCUGAGAGGCUCCGAAUUGGAGUUUGAGCCUCGCGUGCGCUACGAGUACCGCAUGCCAAGUCCCGAGCGCAACGAGGCGCCACCUCUGGCCCUGGAAGAUACCAAGCAGGAUGAGGGGAGCCCUGAACGUGACCCGGCGCGGCCGCGCCCGGCGCCCGUCCCCUUGGGCACCUUCCAAGAUGCCAAACGUGGCAAGGUUCGUUUGUCAAGCGCAGCCCCUGUGGCCGUGGGGAAGGCCCUCGCCAGUGGAUCCUCCUCUUUGUUGGCUGCCAUGACGGAGGUGGACGAUGAUGGCGACAGGGAGCCGCGCGAGAGAUGGCGCCAUGGGCACGGCCGACCGCCGGACUGGGGCCCGCCCCAUCCGUAUGCAGGGCGCUUCUAUCCACCGCCCGUGUUUGGUGCGCCUUAUGGCUAUCCUCCACCCUUCGGCUAUCCUCAUGGUGUCCCCUUGGAGGCUGCCCCACCCGGCACCUGGUCCGGCGCGCGGCCGGGCUUCCGGGACGGCCGGGACGGCCGGGACGGCCGGGACGGCCGGGACGGCCGGGACGGCCGGGACGGCCGGGACGGCAGGGAGGGCGGCCGAACAGUGGCCUUUGGCGCGCCGCCGCCCAGCGACUGGCAGGCAUCGCAGAAGGAAAUGACUGGCCGGGGACGGAGCGCCGCAGCGCCAGGGGCAGCACCAGGGUUGAAUGGUGGAAGGUCCUUGAGAGGAACAUCCAACCCCAAGAAAGCUCAAAACUGCAGUGAAAAUCGGCACCCGGAGAGAUCCCCUGGCGCAGACGGCGUAGAUGGCAGUGGAAAAAGCGAAAGAAAAGCUUUGCCGAUGGGAAGAGGCAGUGCUCAGUGCCAAGAGCUUUACAGCGAGUCCCUUGGUGUUUUAACGGCGAAGGAGGCAACGGGGGAGGAGGAGGCGGAGGCGGAGGCGGAGGCGGCGGAGGAGGAGGAGGAGGAGGAGGAAGAGGAAGAGUCGUCGAGGCGGUUGGCGAGGGCACGAGGUAUGUCGGCCCUUGCCAAGCGCGUUGCGUGGCAGGAAGCCAUCGCACUCUUCGAGGGCAUGAGAAACCAAUCUAUCCAGGCAGACGCCUUCAGUUACAGCGUGUUGAGUAGUGCCUGCGACAAGGCGAGUCAAUGGGCUCUUGCCCUGCAGAGCUUUGUGGAGAUGCAACGACAGCAGGUGCAGCCCAGCGUGGUGAACUUCGCCUGCGCCAUCAGUGCCUGCCGUCACUGGCACCUGGCUCUGUACCUAGGCCUCGAAGAGCUUCCGUCAAAGUCGCUGGCGCCGGAUGCGGCGAUUUUCAACGCGCUGAUGAGCGCCUGCAGCAGAGCAGCACAGUGGCAGAGAUCUUUGCUACUCUUCGAGCUGAUGUCCCAGAGGGGCAUCCGCCAGAGUCUGGUGACGCUGGGUGCCCUCCUCGCAGCGUUGACAAAGGGCCAGAAGUGGCGCGAAGUCUUGGGACUACUGGACCAGCUCCCCAAGAAACCCAAGGCUUCGCAGCGGAGCUCGGUGGUGAUCUGCUUCAACACCGCGCUGUCCGCGUUGCACAACGCCACGCAGUGGCGUUUGGCGCUGCAGCUGCUACGACGCUUUGAUGAGGAGCAGCUGACCCCCACGGUCAUCAGCUGGAACAGCACCAUGUCCGCCUGCGAGCGCGCGCAGCAGUGGCAGAUGUGCCUGGAGCUGCUGCGAGAGAUGCGGCAGGAGGUGUCGCCGACGAUGCUUAGUUUUAAUGUGGCCAUCAACUCGUGUCAACAGGUGGCCGGAUGGCCGUGUGCCUUGAAAUUGCUGGAGGAAGCCAAAGAGUUACAGCUUUCCCCUGUGGAACAAUGGGCUUUCAUUCCGAUCUUCACUGGAGAUUUGCACUGGAUUGCCAUGUUUGUCUAG